UCGACUGGCCAACAUCAUGGCUGCUGGGAACCGAAAAGGAAAAGCGAGGAAAACCGUGCGGUCGGAGUGUGUUUGUGUCAGCGUGAAGCCCAGUGUCAAGUUGAAGCGGUGACGCCCCCGCCCAGGCCCCCAGCUACGGUUGCCGCGUCCCCGCGUGAUUCUCCACGCCGGAGUCCCGUCCGUUAUUCGCCGCGUGUGAAAGUGUGUGCGUGUGCGUGCAGAAAAAGUCAAUGGUGCGUGAGUGCGAGUGAGUGGGAAGGCGCGAUCGAUUGUGACCCCGCUGCGAAAAGCAGUCCCCACACCCCUGCCGAAAAACACACAUACGCACGGCCAUAGUAACGCAGCAUCGAUUGUACAGUUUUAGAGCAAACAAAUCAAUUAGAAAAUGCAGAGCGCAUGAGUUGAGCCGUGAGUGGGCGCCCCACAAAAGCUGACUGCUGCGAGAGAGCGGGAGACAGAGCGGAGCGGCGGCGAGAGCAACCAUUGCCAAAGAUUAGUUACUUAGAAUAUUUCGAUUUUUAGAUCGACGGAACACAAAGCGUAUCACAAAUAAUUAUCAUUUUAUAAUGACAUCCAGACUUGAUCGACUUUUCAUACUACUUGAGACUGGCUCCACAGCGGCCACUCGCCAGGCGGCCGCCAAACAGAUUGGCGAGGUCCAGAAGCUUUAUCCACACGAGCUGCACGCUCUGCUCAACCGCCUGGUGGGCUACCUGCACAGUUCGUCGUGGGAGACGCGGAUAGCAGCGGCCCAGACGGUCGAGGCGAUACUGAAGCAAGUGCCGCCGUGGCAGCCGGAGCUGCAGGUGCCGCCCAAGAAGGAGCGCAGUGAUGCCGCAACAGCAGCAGCUGCUGCCGAAGAGGACAGUUGCCAGUCCAGCGGUUCCAGCUCCACAACGUCUAGCGAACGUCUGCUUAGCUUCGAUGAGUUUGACCUGCAGCAGAUCCUACACAAAGGGGCCCGCCUCAUUGGUUCCGAGGGCAACGAGUUCGAUGUGCAGGAGGAGCAGCCGGCUAGUGGCGGUGGUGACGAGGAUCGCAGUCUCGCCAGUCGGUUGAGUCGCCAAAGAGCUGUGCUUAAUGACAAACUAGGUCUGACAACGGCCGCAAAGCUUGGCGUAAAUCUUACCGACAUGAUCACGGACGAGGAUGUGGCGCUCACCAGGAGUGGCAGCAGCUACAACGUUAAUGCCGAGAAGCUUCCCGUGGAGCAUAUACUCAACAUAAAGCCAGCGGCCAAUGGUUCUGGGCAAGCGCAACUGAGUUGCCGAGAGAUGAAUCGGGCCAAGCGAAAGGCCCGUCAAAACACCACCGCCUCGGCCACAGUGGUGACGCCCACUUGCAGUCGGAGGAACUCGAACAGCAACCACAGUACGGGCAGCAACCAAAGCAACAAUGGCACCGCUUCGCUGGCACUGGAUGAGCCGGAGAAGAAGAAAAUGAAGGCGACGGAGCGACAGGAAAUCUUCUACAGUUUAAAUGCUGCCGUGCCAGAUGCCACUGGCACUUGGGUGGAUGCCGUCUCCUGGCCGUUGGAGAACUUCUGCUCACGCCUUUUCAUCGAUCUCUUUCACGCCAAAUGGGAGGUGCGCCAUGGAGCGGCCACAGCACUGCGAGAGCUGAUCAACCAGCAUGCACAAGGAGCUGGAAAGGCAGUGCAACAGAGUCGCGAUCAGAUGGACGAAGCGCACAGCCGCUGGUUGGAGGAUGCCGCCCUGCGUCUGCUAUGUGUUCUCUGCCUGGAUCGAUUCGGUGACUUUGUGUCGGAUCAAGUGGUUGCACCCGUUCGUGAGACAUGCGCCCAAGUUCUGGGCACCCUGGUAAAGGAGAUCCAGGCAUCCAAAGUUCAACGCAUCGUGGACAUCCUGCUUCAGCUGAUCCAGCACAAGAACGAGUGGGAAGUGCGGCAUGGUGGACUGCUUGGCCUGAAGUAUGUGUUUGUUGUGCGCGAGGAGCUGCUGCCCAUCUACCUGCCGCAAUCGAUUUCCAAUAUCCUCAGCGGUUUACUGGACGCAGUGGAUGAUGUGGGAGCAGUGGCGGCAUCCACUCUGAUUCCGGUUUCCUCCUGGCUUCCCAAGCUUUUGAACCCCACUCAAGUAUCCUCAAUCGUGAAGAUGCUGUGGGACUUGCUCUUGGAUCAGGAUGAACUUACAUCCGCCUGCAACAGUUUCAUGGGUCUGUUAGCGGCCAUUUUAUGCUUGCCAAAAGCCGCCAGCUGGGUAGAGAUGGAACCGAUGGCCAUGCUGGUGCCUCGCCUGUGGCCUUUCCUUUCCCACAGCACCAGUUCGGUGCGGAGGUCCACACUGAAGACCCUGAUCACACUGACCAAUGCGGAUGAGGUGAAAGCUGAACCAAAAGAAGAGGAGCAAGUUAAAGGGGAACCGGAUCAGAAGAUGAAGCUGAACUUCGGAGUCAGCGACUGGAAGUGGCAGUUGCUCCAGCAGGCACUCCGUCACAUAUAUCAGCGUAUCCUUGUGGAGCCGCAGGCGGAUAUCCAGGCACUGGCGCGCCAAGUGUGGUCCAAUCUGAUCGAGCACGCGGACUUGGGUGCCCUUCUACACGCAGCCUGCCCGUACGUUUCCUCCUGGAUCUGUCUCUCCAUGCAGCCACCUAGGCUUGCCUUCGAUGCGAGUGUGCUGAUCAGAGCUGGCGGAGAUUCGAGCACAGCAGGAAGCGCCUCGAGGAAACGAACGCCCCGCAUAGGAGAUGAUCUGGGCGGAGCUGCUCUAGCGCACUCCAGUGCCACGCUCAAGUUGUAUUUGGGUGGCAGCGAGGCAACGCCACUGGAGCUGCGGGAGGCCAACUUUAUGCGCGCUCGGAUAUCCUCAUCGCGGGCACUUGGAGCUCUUUCCCACUACCUGGUGCAGCCAGCUCCGGGUGUGGUGUACACCCCGCAAACCGAGAGCCCCACCGAGUGCUAUACGAAAGUGCUGUUGGGCCACCUGAAUGCGCACUCCGCUGUCCAGCGAAUCGUUUGCGGACUGAUUAUAGCUUUUUGGGCUCUGGAAGAUGAGCCAGUGCGUCCGGGACCGCCGAAUCUACAGGAAAAACUACACCAGUGCGUGAGCGAGUACGUCUACUACGACGAGGUGGGCAUCUCGCUAACCCGACUGUUACAGGAGGCACAGGACUUUAUUGCCACGCUGAAGCAGAACAAGAUCCCCAUCAACGACUUCAACAAUGCCAAGAUUCUCACUCUGGAUCAAAUCGAGGCGGUGGCAACCACGUUGAGCGAGAAUCUACGCAUCUAUCCUCUCAAGCCAAAGUUAUUGGACAUGCUGGAAGAGCGGCGGCGGAGUCUGCAGGCCUCCUACCAGCAGACGACCAGUGAGCAGAGCGCCUACCAUGUCAGUGCCCAGGCAGCUCUCGCCGGCGCCAUCUGCGCCCUGCACUGCCUGCCCGAGAAGCUGAAUCCGGUGGUCAAGCCCCUCAUGGAGUCCAUCAAGCGGGAGCAGUGCCUGCAGCUGCAGCAGCUGUCCGCCGAGUUCCUGGUCCACCUGAUGGAUCAGGUCUGUGAUAGAAAUCCUAGUCCAAAUAGUAAGAUCUUGAACAAUUUGUGUACUCUGCUGAGAAGCGAUGCUGAGCACACACCAAAGCUGGUUAAUCCACUCCAGACUCUCAAGGAGACACCUCCUUCGCCGGGAGUUGCCAACAGUUGCGUUUACUAUGGCAUCCUUACUCUUGCCCUUCAACAAGCAGUGACAACGACAAGCGCUCGAGGAGGUGGUGGUGGUGGGGGAGGAGGGUUUGGAGGAGCUACUACUCCAACGACCGUCAUCCCAAGCCGCGGACCUGGUCGACCGCCUGCUAGCGAAAUUCCAGCCGCAACAACCUCUACUGCUCAUAUUGAGCUAAAGGCCCAGCAAGCCAAAGAUGCGGAGGCGAAGCAAUGCCGCAUCCAGCGACUGGGAGCGGCCUGUGCCAUAGAGAAACUGUGCAGGACAUUCGGAGAACACAUUGUGGAGAAGGUGGCUGUUUUCCAACAGCUAAUGUUCGGCAAAGUGGAGCAGUUCGUGAAGGAGUCUUUCGAUUGGCAACUGGGCUGCAUACUGCCAGAUUUGACAGCUUGCAACGAGCUGAUAAGCUCUCUGCAGCUAAUCGAAACAGCAGCCCCGCAUCUUCAUGCUGCCCUGCACCCCCAAAUGUUUGCUCUGUUGCCACCACUUGGGUUCAUCGUUUGCCAUCCCCUGAAGGCGGUUCGACAUAUGGCCGCCCGAUGCAUCGCCGUGCUGGCCGAGAUCGAUGCUUGCCAGACCAUGCAGUUUGUGGUGCACGAUCUGCUGCCGCUGCUCGGAAAGAUUGAGCAGCUCAUCGAACGCCAGGGAGCAGUAGAAGCCAUCGAGCGAGUGGUCAGCCGACUGCAGAUCAAAGUGGUGCCCUACAUCGUGUUGCUGGUGGUGCCUCUGCUGGGAGCAAUGAGCGAUCCAGAUGAAUCGGUGCGACUGCUCUCCACCCACUGCUUCGCCAAUCUUGUCCAGCUAAUGCCACUGGAUGGCAAGGCGGAGCAACUGAAGAGCGAGCCGCUGCAAGCACGAAAGACCCGCGACCGAGAAUUCCUCGACUAUCUAUUUAAUCCAAAGAGCAUUCCCAACUACCAGGUUCCGGUGCCGAUAAGUGUUGAGCUGCGAUGCUACCAGCAGGCAGGAAUCAACUGGCUGUGGUUCCUUAACAAAUACAAUCUGCACGGCAUCCUCUGCGACGAUAUGGGUUUGGGCAAAACCCUGCAGACCAUCUGCAUCCUGGCCGGCGAUCAUCUACACCGCCAGGCAGCCAACCUGGCCAAUCUGCCAAGUCUGGUCAUCUGCCCGCCCACUCUCACUGGUCACUGGGUGUACGAGGUGGAGAAGUUCCUGGACCAGAGUUCUGUUCUGCGUCCGCUGCACUACUACGGGUUCCCAGUGGGCAGGGAGAAGCUGAGGAGUGAGAUCGGAACGAACUGUAACCUUGUGGUGGCAUCCUACGAUACGGUGCGCAAGGACAUAGACUUCUUCAGUGGCAUCCACUUCAACUACUGCGUUUUGGAUGAGGGUCACAUCAUCAAGAACGGCAAGACAAAGAGCUCCAAGGCCAUCAAGCGACUGAAGGCCAACCACAGACUGAUUCUCUCGGGUACGCCAAUCCAGAACAAUGUGCUGGAGCUGUGGUCCUUGUUCGAUUUCCUUAUGCCAGGCUUCCUGGGCACAGAGAAGCAGUUUGUGCAGCGCUUCUCGCGUCCCAUUCUGGCAUCGCGGGAUGCCAAGAGCUCGGCCAAGGAACAGGAGGCCGGAGUACUCGCAAUGGAGGCGUUGCAUCGCCAAGUUCUGCCCUUCUUGCUGCGUCGCGUCAAGGAGGACGUGCUGAAGGAUCUGCCUCCCAAGAUUACCCAGGAUCUACUUUGCGAACUCAGUCCGCUGCAGCUUCGCCUCUACGAAGACUUUAGCAAUAAGCACCUGAAAGACUGUUUGGACAAGCUGGGCGAAUCGUCGACGCCAGCGAUGGUGACCGAGAAUCUCAGCGCCAAGACGCACAUUUUCCAGGCAUUGCGGUACCUGCAGAACGUGUGCAACCAUCCCAAGCUGGUGCUGCGCCAGUCCGAGGAGCUGACCAAGGUGGCCAGCCAGUUGGCGCUCACCAACAGUUCCUUGGACGACAUCGAGCACUCGGCUAAACUUCCGGCUCUGAAGCAAUUACUCCUGGACUGCGGCAUUGGUGUGCAGACUGAGUCGGUUAGCCAGCAUCGUGCGCUGAUCUUCUGCCAGCUAAAGGCCAUGUUAGACAUCGUAGAACACGACUUGCUGCGUCGCCAUUUGCCCAGCGUCACCUAUUUGAGAUUGGACGGCAGCGUGCCCGCCUCCCAACGCCAGGACAUAGUCAACAACUUUAACAGCGAUCCCAGCAUCGACGUACUGCUCCUAACUACUCUGGUUGGUGGUCUGGGUCUUAAUCUAACGGGUGCCGAUACGGUAAUCUUUGUGGAGCACGACUGGAACCCCAUGAAGGAUCUGCAGGCCAUGGACCGAGCCCACCGAAUCGGUCAGAAGAAGGUGGUGAAUGUUUACCGACUGAUCACGCGCAACUCGCUGGAGGAGAAGAUUAUGGGGCUGCAGAAGUUCAAGAUCCUGACCGCCAACACGGUGGUAAGUGCGGAGAACGCCUCGCUCCAGACGAUGGGCACAUCGCAGAUCUUUGAUCUUUUCAACGGAGGCAAGGACCAGGGAGCAGUAUCCGGAUCAGCAGCGGCCGCAGGAUCAGCCAAGGGCCCCAUGUCCAUGAACACCAUCAUCGAGAACCUGCCGGAGUUGUGGUCCGAGCACCAGUACGAGGAGGAAUACGAUCUGGGCAACUUUGUGCAGGCACUGAAAAAGUAGACUAAAGCUUCCCACUCCAAGACUUCCAGUUUAAAGUUCUGUUAGGCUAGAUGCUAAAUGAAACAAGAAAUUAAACAUGUGAAAAAGUUGUAUUUUUCGGAAAGUUGUCCUCUGUUCCUUUGUAAUCGAAAACGGAAACCUUUAGAAACUAAUAAAAAUAAAGAAAUAAAAAAUUUGGAAAUAAA